AUGCCAUUUGGAUUUUCACACCUAUCAUUCUAUCUAACACAAUUUCGUCAUGGAUCGAUGCAAUUAACACAACAGAGGUUAAGGGAUGCAACGAUAAUGACGUCAUCGAGCGAGGGCGAGAUCCUACAGGUGUCGCAGGUCAUUAGAGAACGAUGGAAAAUCAAACAAAAAAUAGGCGGCGGUGGCUUCGGAGAGAUUUACGAGGCCUUCGACAUUCAAAACCAUAACGAACGGGUAGCUGUAAAAGUUGAAUCUAGUAAAGCUGCAAAACAAGUGCUGAAAAUGGAAGUGGCUGUACUGCGCCGACUUCAGGGCAAAAAACAUGCGUGUAAAUUUUACGGGUGUGGACGGAAUGACAAAUUCAACUAUCUAGUUAUGAGCCUUCAAGGAAAGAAUCUCGCUGAUCUUAGGAGAGAAGCACCAAAACAAUGCUUUAGUCUAAGUACUGCAAUACGAUUGGGUGUACAAAUAUUAAAUGCAAUUAGGGAAAUACAUUCUAUUGGUUUUUUACAUAGAGAUGUCAAACCGUCGAAUUUCGCCAUGGGACGCAGUACGUCAACGAUGCGAAAAGUAUUUAUGUUAGAUUUCGGCCUAGCUCGACAAUAUCUCAACGCUAAAGGGGAAAUUCGAAGUCCCCGAAGUGCCGCCGGCUUCCGCGGCACAGUUCGUUAUGCGGCCGUUUCGGCACAUAAGAACAAGGAAAUGGGCAGGCAAGAUGAUCUUUGGUCGCUAUUUUAUAUGAUGGCUGAAUUUUUACAAGGUCAAUUACCAUGGAGAAAGAUUAAGGAUAAGGACGAGGUUGGACGAAUGAAAGAGGACGUAGACCUGAAUGUGUUGUUAGAAGAUUGCCCUGGAGAGUUAUUUCAAUUUGCAGCUCAUCUGAAAACCUUAACAUAUCCGGAUAUGCCUGACUAUGACUUUUUGGAAAGCUUGCUCAUACAAGUAAUCAAUAAGAACGCAAUUUCAAUGGACGAACCAUACGACUGGGAACUUGGCUACGAAAAUCUAUCUGGUCGUGGACGAGCGAACGGCAAUGUGUCGGCACGGCUCAAAUCGCACACAACAGCUGUCAUUCGCGAUCAACGAUAUGAGAACAGAGCGCUUGAUACGCAAGCACCGAUAACGAUGGGUGAAGAUGAAGACGAACAGACAAAUGGUCAAUGUCCUCAAAUUGUGCAUAAUGUCGAAUCUGGGCACGAAAAGCACGAAAAGCCCAAGUACAAGCGUCACGAGUUUCUCAAGCCCAAAGUCGGAAUGGUCAACAUGGAUAUCAUCGAUGCGGUAAAUGCUCGGCUAGCUGCGUGUGAUGACAAUGUCAAUGACAAUCAACAGCAAAAUCAACAUGACGUAGAGGUGAACUUCAACCUACCGUACACCGUGCUCCGCCCACAAACGGGUGCUGACACGUCACCGAAUCGGGUCGUAGUCAAUGCGAUCGACAAAACCAACAAGAGCAAUAAGUCGUUGACGAUAUCGUUGAAUAAGCGAUACAACAAGAAAUUGUCAAUGACGGGAAGCAGCGAUGCAGCGGUCGCGGACGAGUUGUCCGGCGUACAAAAAACUGGAGCAACAUCGGUUCCAAGCAAAUGGCAUGCUUCCUUUGAUGGUUCAUGCGAUGAUGUUUGCGAUAUGAAGGACGUUAGCAGAACGAGAGAGCCAUCUGUCGCUGUCAUUUCUAACAAUCGCGUUAUUCCAUCAUCUCGGAGCGAUCUUGCAGCGAACGCUCAACCAUUGCCACCACAAGUCUUGUCACCUGCCAAUCAUUAUUCUCCGCUAGCUGCUCGGCGCCCUUCCACUAAAGAACAACAACAACGAGGUCCUAUGCAUCGAACGCACAGCUGUGGUGCACCUCAGUCAUCGAGCAUCAUCUCACAUUUCAAGGGAUUGAUAAGUACAUUCAAUAACCUUGGAUGCGGAAGCCGUUUGACAAGAGGAAUAUCAGUCGAUGAAACGGCGAGAGCAACAGCUGAACAAGAACGAGAGAGGGACACCAGCUACAAAAUGCGCAAUAGCGCUUCCACUGGUCUACGAAUAUCGCCAGCCGUAGCUUCCACGAAAGUUGAAGCCACCGUCGAUACGCCAGAUUAUAACGAUGAUGAAAAAGAACAACGACGACAACGAAGGCUACGAAGGAGAAGCAUCGAAAGUGGCAUAAGAAUUCCACUGCCAAGCGUCACUAACACCAACAACACCACCGCACAACCUGUUGAACAAUCCAUGUCUCCACAACGACAUGGAAUUGUUCAACGAUCUGUUGUACAUGCUCCUGCCGAAACUGUGCUAAGGCUGCAUAAUAAUGGAACUGAAGAAGAAUUCCGUAUUCCACUGGAAGACAAUAAUAAACCAAUCCUGUUCUAUAAGCGGAAACGAUAUCAGUUCCUGAACUUCCCAAGAGCUUCAUCUAAGUCUUAGUGCAUUGAAUCCUUCAAACUUCACAAUUCGUCUGCUGCUUGCUCUCAACUAACAUAACUGAAUUUGACCGCACAUCCGCAUUGUCACUUAUGCUGUGAUCGAAUUGUCGAUCGCCUUCAUUGCCUUCUUACUGUCUUCAAAUCCCCACAAAGUGCUAUUUUUUUCGCUCGUCAGCGCUUGUUUUGCUCUUCUCCUAGAGCAACCCACCCACACACUAUCGAAGUGUCUCGCACUCAACCUUUGCCUCGUCAAAUUCGUGCCAAGCCACUACGGUCACAUUGCUUUCUUUUGUACUUUCUUGCUCGUUUGUAUUUUGCCCCACUCGCUUUUUAUGGUCACUAAAUGUUCUCCAUGCAAUCUCUCUCUCGUGUCUUGCUCUCUAGUCCAUAUUAUUCAGUUAUUUGGAUCGUCGUCAUUCAUCAUAUUGCUCAGUCGUUUUGUUUGUUCAUUAGUAUCGAUAAAGAUU